CUCCUCUUUCUCUUUCCUCUUUAUCAUUCCUCUUUAUCUUUUCUUCGUUCUUUUAACUCCUUGCUAUAUCUCCUACCUCUCAUUUUAUUCUUUUUCAUGGCCCUCAUUGGCAUUUUCACUUAUCACCCGAUAUCUCGUUUAUCUAUUGUGACUAUCACUCUUGGCGCAGCCUCCAGCAUUCCAUUUUUUCACACACUACUUUAAGUGUCCUUCUUUGUCAAAGGCAGACAACUCUCCUACCCGUUUCACCUCUUCCUUCUAUCUCGCUCUUGUUUACUUUUUUCUUCAUCAGCAUAUGUUGCCUACUGGCAAGGGAACACCAUCCCAUUCCAGCAAGCCCCAUUCUCGCACCUCAGAACAUAACGCCUCCCAUGGACACAGACCUCCACCAAAGAUGCAGCGUUUCACGAGGCCAGAGGACCUGGCAGACCUGGAAGACAUGGGCAUUUCGGGAAUAAAUGCUACUGCAAACACGCAGUCGACCCCUGGCACGAGCACAAACACGAGCACAGAUGUAAGCACAGGCAUGAGCACGGGGAAGAAUGCGGCGAGUCUUCCCAGCGGCGGUCUAAUAUAUCAUACAGAACAGGAGCAGGAGCGGGCGAGGCGGUACAACGACUAUAUUGAAGCCCACACAAGCUUCCUCAAUAGUGCCAACACGGAGGGUUCCGGGUACAUCCCUGACCGGGCAACCACCUCGCACUUCUUUCACUCGUACUCGAACGGUCAAAACGUAGAUGAGGACUCGAUCCCGCCAUCGAUGUCGAACUCGCAGCUGUCGUUCUCAAGAACACCAACGUAUUAUCCAGCAUCUCUUACCGAAGAUGACGGAGGAUUUACUGCUCCAGGAACACCUAACAGCUUUCUUUCAAGUCCUUCACUUGGCUACUACUCGCAUCCUUCUCGUUCUUCGUCCCGGACCGGCUUCUGGGUCGACCAGGGGGCAUCGUCUCUUAAUUUGAUCAUGCCCUCGUCGGCCAUGUUUACCAAGAGCAGAGAGCCAACUGUAGAGGGAGAUAGAUUGGGCUUUGUUAAGCUGAUGGUUACAGGGAAAAGCCGAGUCUGGCACUCGCGGCUAAUCCAGGAAAUGUUCCAGUGGGAGGGCAUAAUUGCGAACGACUUUGAAGAUGAGUUUCUGCAGGAACAACGCUCGUUGCCACCAUCAUCAGAGACAGUGGUAGCGGCAGACUUGCAUGCUAUGGAGGAUCGGCAGGGAAAUGACCCAACGUUUAACUUUCAUGUGACACAAGGAUCUGGAUCAAGCCAAUUGAGCGGGCAGCAAUCGGAUGGCUCACGCGAGCGGAAACGGGAGCCAUAUCAUGGCAUGACGGAGGCCAUUGUUGAGCGGUUUGCAUCGACCAUGGUUUUGCCAGCAUGGGCUCGCACAGGCUUGGACGAGCAGGAGAUGCAGCAGGAAAUUCUUGUUAAAAAUAUCUGUUUUGUUGACACGCCAGGAUACAGCUCGUUCAACAACCCCAAUCGCGCCAUGGAUCUUGUCAUAUCAUACCUCGGCCUUCAGUUUCAGACGACGAAUGAGUAUUUUUCAAAAUCAGCGGCCAGUGACGAUUCUUUGGGGCGGUUUCUGGCCAAUAACACGACAGGAGCGCAUGGACAUGUUGAUGCCUGCCUCUAUGUGAUCGAAGGGCAGCUGACGGAUCUAGAUAUCGUGUUCAUGCAGCGCUUGCAGGUGUGGGUCAACUUAGUGCCUGUUCUGGUACCCAUGAGUGCCCCCGUCCAAGAUUCGGAUUCAAGCGUGGAAGUGCCACCAGCCAUGGACAUUGCCACCGCACGACUAGAUUUGAUUCGACAGUUGAGGGAGAAUGGUAUCGAGAUUUACGGGAUCGAGGAAGGAGAGGCAAGGGCUGCUUUAUCAGCACCGCGGUUUUCAUUGGAUGCGCCGACUGAGGACGAAAUUUCGACGCAUCCUCUCUCGCUUGACGCCAGCCCACUGCAGACCGAGUUCGUCUCACCGCCGUUCAUAUUCCAUGUUCCAGAAGAUGCAGUAGAAGCAGUAGCUGCAGUGCGCAUGGAUGUAGAUGUACAACAGCUGAAUGUAACAGGACACGGUGAGGACUCCAGAGGCGAGACGCUUGCUUCCCAUGACUCGUCCACUGCAACUUCAUCAUCAAGCUCGGUAGACCAACCGCAAGCUGAUCUCGGGCCAUUGCGACAGUGGGUAUAUGUAAGCAACUUGGCGGUGCUGCGACACCAUACCACGCUCAAAUUCCUGAAAUGGCGGCGACAUUUACCUACCAUGACCUUAUCACCGAUGUAUUCGUCGCAAGAGUCGGGUUCCUCGAGGUACCGGCAGCAUUCAAGCAACGGUAACGAUCACUCCGGCAACCAGUUGAUCUAUCCGUAUGCGUCUGAUUACCUCCCGGGGUCAUCUAGCCGAGCAAAUCUGUCGACAGGAACGUACAGCUCACCCUCGUCCAUCUCAGGACCCCUGCAGCUAUCGCAGCCUUUGCCAACGGAUGUCAUGGAUGAUUUGCUUGCUCAGGAUCAUAGGCGGAUAUCGGCCAAGGUUAACAGGAUGCUGGAAACACACAGCCAAGUCUUUGAACGAAUCAUGUUGGAGCGACAAGCAGCAUGGCAAAAGGCACUGGAAGGAAUGGAACGUGAGCAACGCAUUGAAUUCCUGGUACAAGAGUUAAAACGCUGGGCAAGUGAGGGUCAGCCUCAUCGGCAUGACCAGCGACAGGAGCGAGAACGCAGCCCGUUCGAUUCUGGCAGCACUCGCGGGCAUGUGGUUGGGUUGGGACUUGAGGGAGGCGUGUCCAUGGGAACGGAACCGUCGCUCAGAGAUGCAUUGGGCGACCCCUUACCGUCUGCGUAUUCACGCGAUGGGCGAUCAAGGAGCAACUAUCGAUCUAAUUAUCGGCAAUAUCACGCCCGGUCGUCUCGCGGCAGUAAAAAUCACUCUCGAACUCCGGCUUCUAGACUAUGGCCUUCAGACGACGAAGACAUGCAGGAUGGGUCUCAAGGAGAAGAAGAUCCGCUUGGCUUGGGAUUAUGGAUGAGCCAGCUCUUUGGCGUGAUUGGAAGAGGGAUAUACCAUGUUGUCGUGAUGGUCGGCAUGGGAACCUUGGCGACAUGGAUAUAUACGCAGUUCCUGGAGCGACGGGUGACUUGGAUCGGAUAGACCUGAAUGCACAAUUUCCUAUGAUGGCCAAUGUGUACUGUGUACACACAGUUACGAAUGUAUAUACGCGACGUAGCACUGGCAUGAAUAAAGUGCACAGGGCUUCAGCGACUCCGUGCGCAGACUGCCUCGAUGGGCAUCUAAGAUGUCAAGGAAGGACAUCUGAGUCUAUCUGCAUUUCAUACGGAGUUUAGUUCGAAUGAGGUUGGAUGAA